AUGGGAGAGAAAGUCAACCAAUUCGACGACAUCUACCUGGAUCUCGCGCCAGAGUUGGGCCUCCUCCGUCUGGCCCAGUCCGGUCUCGGCUGGAAGGCUCGUCGAGGCGAGGGACUCUUCACAGUUCGGGAUGCCGAUCUCAAACGCACUAUCUGGCUUCGUGCUGCUCGCAACUUCCAGCUGCGCAUUCAGCUCCGUGAUGGACGGAUCGUCAAGUUUGAUGGAUUCCAACGCGAUGACUUUGAGAAGCUGAAGGAUAUUAUCAAGACGAAUUAUGGACUACAGCUGGAAACCAAGGAGAUGAGUGUCAAGGGCUGGAACUGGGGAGAGACCGACUUUUCAAACAGUAGUCUAGUGUUCAGUGUACAGAACAAGGAGAUGUUCGAAAUCCCAUUGAACGAGGUCACCAACACAUCGCUGACGGCCAAGCACGAGGUCAUGAUCGAGCUCGGUGGACCUGAUGGCGAGGGCGGUGCAAGGGAUAAGAACCGCAAGGGCGAUCAGCUGGUCGAGAUGCGCUUCUAUGUUCCUGGACAGGCUAACCAGGAGGGUGAGGGCGAGGAAGAGAGCAACGCUAAUGUGUUCUACAACUCGAUCAAGAACGAGGCAGAUAUUGGCGACGCAGCACCAGGCGAUGGCAUUGUGUUGUUCUCGGAUACUCUGUGCUUGACCCCUCGUGGUCGUUACGAUAUCGACAUGUUCCCCGCAUUCUUGCGUCUGCGCGGAAAGACAACCGACUACAAGAUCUCGUACACUUCGAUCAUCAAGCUGUUCUUGUUGCCCAAGCCUGAUGAUGUUCAUGUCCUGUUCGUCAUUGGAUUGGACCCUCCACUUCGUCAGGGUCAGACCCGGUACCCCUUCUUGGUGUUCCAGUUUGUUCGGGAGGAGGAGAUUGAUGUGUCCCUCAACCUGGACGACGAGACGAUUGCGACCAAAUACGAGGGCAAGCUCGAGAAGAAGUACGAGUCAAGGACUUAUGAGGUUGUCAGCACAUUGUUCAAGACUUUGACGGGUCGUCGCGUCACCAUCCCCUCCGAGAUCUUCAAGUCAUACCACAACCAGUCGGCCAUCAAGUGUUCGAUGAAGGCCAACGAGGGUGUACUCUACCCCUUGGACAAGUCGUUCCUCUUCAUCCCCAAACCACCAACUUUUAUCCCCCACUCCGAGAUUGGAUCGGUCACGUUCUCGCGUGUUGGUGGUAAUGCUGCUUCGGCUUCGAGGACGUUCGAUCUCAAGUUCAACAUGAAGUCUGGCGUCGACUACUCGUUCUCGAGCAUCAAUCGUGAGGAAUACACCAACUUGAACGAGUUCUUGCAGAACAAGAAGAUCAAGACAAAGACCAUGGAGGACGAGUCGACUGGUCGCUAUGUCGAGAUGGUUGAGGAUAGUGAUUCGGAGGAAGAUACUGGCAAGCGCAAGAGGAAAUCGGUCGUCCAGGACUUUGGCGGCGGAGAUGAUGAAGAUGGCGAGUCCAGUCCUGACGAGGACUUCGUGGCGGACGAGAGCGAGAGUGAUGUGGCAGAAGAGUUUGACGAGAACGUUAGUGACUCUGGUGGAUCAAACGCUUCUGACGCUUCGGGCGACGAAGGUUCAGGCAAUGAGCGACCUGCGAAGAAGCCCAAGAAGUAG